UGCGCGCGCGCACACACUCCGGCACGUAGCAGGUCCGCCAGACGAGUAACUGAGGGCUUCCCGCGCUUCCCACGCCAAUUAUGAGCCUCUCCUCAUUCAUACUCGGCUGUAAAACCUGAAACAUGUUGACUUGUACCAGAGCUCCGCUCAUAAUGUUGGUUUGAUGUUAUAGUCAAGCUACAUAUGAUCUGGUGUGGACACAGUUUGCUUAGUUUUGAAAGUUAACCGGUUGUUUAAUGCUAAUGUUUAAUGUUUCAGUGCACGACUGUUCAGUGCAGAUUGACGCGUCACUGCUCCGGCAUCCCGCAGAAGUAGAAGGCUUGCGUAUCCUGCUGGAGCUGAGACAGCCGGAGCUCAGCGGAGCCGGAGCCGGAGCGCAACGGAGCGGAGCCGGGUUCGAUCAACUUUUCCAAGCUUCUUUAGGCAGCCUCCUGAUGUUCAGAGUUACCAAGCUUCUUGUGGCAGCCUCUUAGUGAUGGAUGAUGAAUGUGGCAGUGUAAAGAAUGCAGUUUGGAACUAGCUAGCAGAUUAGUUUAAAGGUGUUCCAUAAUGGCGAGCCCAGCUGUUCUGCGGAUCAUCUUUGGUGACGAGUCUGACUCAAGAAAACUGACCCUCAAUUCUGGAAUUCCAGCAACAGUGGAAGAACUACAUUUGUUAGUAAAGACAUUCUUUCAAUUCAAAGAGGACUUCAGGUUGCAGUAUAUGGAUAAUGACUUUAACGAGUUCAUGAACUUAACUUCAGUGUCUGAGAUUAAAAACAAAAGCACACUGAAAGUAGUAUACAUUCCUGUUUUUUCCCCUGUGGAGCCCUGCAUCACUUUGUAUACAGUAGACUCAUCUGGUGAGCACUCGAGUACCACUUGCCCAGAUCCUGAAACUUCUGCUUCGUCAAUAGCCUCAUCCUGCAGUGAUGAUACACUGUUCACAUCAACCCCACAUUCAUCCCCGGAAACUCAGCCCUCGAAAUUGUCUUCUUGGCCCAAGGUUUUUGUGGUCCCCAAAUUCACCUAUGAUGCAGAGUUUCAGCUACAAGACAAGAAUAAAGAGUUUGAGACAAAUGGAACAUACUUCAACCCUGGCCCAAAGUUAAAAGGAGUCAUUCUUGAUGGCCUAGCCCAAGAAAUGUUGAAAUACACAAAAUAUCCAAAAGACUAUCAGUGUGAAGAGGUAGCAGCAGCAUUGACGAGAGCUCACCCUUGUUUGGGACAGCUUGGAUCCAAGACAGGAUUUUGGGGAUGGAAACAGUCACUGAAGUAUAAAAUGCAAAACUAUCGAACAAAGCUGGGGCGACUCGGACAUCCUGAAAUCUGUGUGAACUCCUUAAAGCACAAACGUGAAGGCCAAGGCAAAGCUGCAGCCAACAUCAAGAAAGCCAGAAAGGCAGAAGUUUACUAUAUACCACUGCACCCAAAAGGCGAAACCACAGAAAGCUUGGAAAGCGAGAGAAUUGCUUUGUUGUCAGAAAUAAAGAAGCGUGACAAUGAAGUUGUGAUAAAAGCGAAAAUGGAAAUAACCUUCUCCCACAGACGACGAGAGGUUGUAGAGCAGAGGCCCAUGAUAGAGGAGUUCAAAAACCGAUGGCCUGCUCUGUUCCAGCAGAGUGAAAUUAAUGCAGAGUUCUUGCGGAUCACCACGAAACCACUGCAGUCAAAGUUCAUGUCGCAGCUGGACCACUUUUCACACAAGCUGAUGCAGAUCUUCAAGAGCAAAGGAGGAGUGAAGGGGCGAAGAAUCAAAGAUGUCCUGGCAAAAAUAGAUUUGUGUGACGACAUCGACAUCAGGAGGGAGUGCAUCCUGAGAAGCCUUGUUAUCUACCUCAAUGAAGAUCCUGACACCUUCUUCAAGGAAUAUCUGGCCUCCACCACUGAGGAUGCAGAAAGGGACAUCGCCCUCACAGUCAUGGGGAUAUACAUAAUCCGUCAAGAUGGCGAUGGCGAGCCAGAGGAUGUGGGAAUUGUGAUCGAAGGCGUCAAAGUCCUGAGCAACGUGGACAGUGUCAUCAUGGGGGUCAUAAUGAUGUUUGGGCUCAUUUAUGCCCUUGAUCUGAGCUUUCCAGACAACCUCAAGUACACUUUUGAGUUUGUCCAAAAGAUCCUAAUGAACCUGGAUGGGCACAAGCUGAACACAAAGAUACAGCAGCUGAAACUCAAGUUGUUUGCAUGAGAGGUGAAGACUUGUUGACACUUGUUUCCUUAACAGAUCUUUUAGGAGUAUUUUUGGUGGGGGGUUUUUUGCCUUCAUUUUCAGCCCAGUCAAUGACAAUCUAUAACCUACAUUUGUGUUUCCCUUGACAUUUUGAAACUCAGAAUUGAAACUCAGAAUUGACCAGGUUUCACAGAAGCAGGCAAGGGACUGUUUACUGAACUGUUUGAAUAACACGAUGAACAUUUAUGCAGCCAUGGGGAGCGGAGAGAGACAUUAUGUAAUUGCUCCUCCCUAAUGAACACUGAUGGAGGUUUAAGAUUGGAUGGACAAAGUUUGCCCACUUUACCUCCCCAUCCUAACUCUGAGUGUGACUCUACCAUCCACACUUCUCAAGCGGCCAUUCAUCUUGAGUCAACUAGCACCUCCAUUCCUCUCCUCCCUGUCUAAUUUCAUCACUCAACUCAGGAUGAAAUGGACUUGAACACGGUUCAAUAUAUUGGAGUUUUCUUUGAUCGUGAAUGGCUAGUACUGUUUUCAUGUUGUUUUACAUAUCUAGUUACAUUUAAAUUACAUCUUUUCUUAUAAAAAAAAUCAGAGUCUUGGUGUGUGAAUGUUUAGUUUCAAAAAGAAAAUGUUUUUGUUUGUUUCCAAAAUGUGGUCCAAGGGAAUUUUGCAUUUGCUGCUUUUUUUUUUUUCCUGUAAUACUAGUAGCUUUAAAGCUAAUGGCAACACUACACUUAUGCAGGAAUCAAAUAUGUUUUUGCUGUUUUCUCUGUGUGUCUUUGUGGCACUGGGGGAAAUAGGAUAGCUGGGUGUUCUUUUUCCCCCAGUUACAGAGCAGUUAUAGGAGAAUCAUUUCAAGCAAACGCUCCCUUUUGAAUUGUUCUUUAACAAAAGGUCUUGGUGUUUGUAUUCAAGUAAAACUGAGUUCAUUGUGUUUUGUAUUCAAGUAAAUGGGACAUCUUUGUGUUUGGUUUCACGUAAAAUUGAGUUUUGGAGGACUUUGAUAUUAUGUAAAAUUAACAUCUUGGUGUUUGUUUUCAUGGUAAAUUAACAUCUUGGUGUUUGUUUUCAUGUAAAAUUAACAUCUUGGUGUUUGUUUUCAUGGUAAAUUAACAUC